GCUGACUGGAGGCAAGACGCGGUGCCGAGAGCCGGAGCAAGGUUGGCGCUGUGGUGCUGGAAGUGGUGGAGGGCAGCUGGGCGACCCCGCGGACAGGAUCAUUACUUUAUGGUCACAAUUCAUGAAUGAGGAGAGAGAUGUUCACCUCUUUUCAGUAGGCACAGGGCAGAUGUUUCUGGACCAGCUGAAGCCUGAGGAGCCGUCCGGCCACAGGAUACUAGACUAGGCCACUUGUGAGCUGGAUCUGCAGGAGACUUGCCUCGCCUCUCCACAUGAUGUCAGGAAGCCACAUCCCUCCUGCCAGUGGCCCCUUCUCAGCCCUGACUCCAAGCAUGUGGCCCCAGGAGAUCCUGGCCAAGUACACGCAGAAGGAAGAGCCGGAGGAGCAACCAGAGUCCGAGUACGAUGAGUUCGGCUUCCGCACGGACAAGGGAGAUGGUGCCGAGGCUGGUCCCAGCAAGCUGCUGGGUGUGUCUCUGCUGGAGGACCCUCCGCAGAGGCUGCGCUGGCAGGCCCACCUGGAGUUCACCCAUAACCACGACGUGGGGGAUCUCACCUGGGACAAGAUUGCUGUCUCUCUGCCACGCUCGGAGAAGCUUCGCUCGCUGGUGCUGGCUGGCAUCCCCCACAGCAUGAGGCCACAGCUAUGGAUGCGGCUCUCUGGGGCCCUACAGAAGAAGAGGAAUUCCGAGCUGGGCUACCGAGAGGUUGUGAAGAACAGCUCCAACGAUGAGACCAUUGCUGCCAAACAGAUCGAGAAGGACCUGCUCCGCACCAUGCCCGGCAACGCCUGCUUCGCCACUGUGGGCAGCAUUGGGGUGCCCCGCUUGCGCAGGGUUCUCCGAGCCCUGGCCUGGCUCUACCCGGAGAUUGGCUACUGCCAGGGCAUGGGCAUGGUGGCCGCAUGCCUCCUGCUGUUCCUGGAGGAAGAGGACGCCUUCUGGAUGAUGUGUGCCGUCAUUGAGGACCUGCUCCCUGCCUCCUACUUCAGCGCUACCUUGCUGGGCAUCCAGACAGACCAGCGGGUCUUGCGCCACCUCAUCAUCCAGUACCUGCCUCGCUUGGACAAGCUGCUCCAGGAGCAUGACAUUGAGCUGUCCCUCAUCACGCUGCACUGGUUCCUCACGGCCUUCGCCAGCGUGGUGCACAUCAGGCCGCUGCUGCGCCUCUGGGACCUGUUCUUCUACGAGGGCUCACUGGUGCUGUUCCAGGCCGCGCUGGGCAUGCUGCGCCUCAAGGAGGAGGAGCUGAUCCAGUCAGAGAACUCAGCCUCCAUCUUCAACACACUGUCAGACAUACCAUCACAGAUCGAGGACGCAGAGGUGCUGCUUGGGGUGGCCAUGCGCCUGGCCGGCUCCCUCACCGAGGCGGCCGUGGAGACCCAGCGCCGCAAGCACCUGGCCUACCUCAUCGCAGACCAGGGCCAGCAUCUGGGGACCGGCGCUGCCACCAACCUCUCCCAGGUGGUUCGUCGCAGGACCCAGCGGAGGAAGUCUGGCAUCACCUCACUGCUCUUCGGAGAGGAUGGCCUGGAGGCACUCAAGGCCAAGAACAUCAAGCAGACGGGGCUGGUGGCCGACCUCCGGGAAGCCAUCCUGCGCCUGGCUCGCCAUUUCCAGUGCACAGACCCCAGAAACUGUAGUGUGGAGCUGACCCCAGACUACAGCAUGGAGAGCCACCAGCGGGACCACGAGAACUACGUGGCUUGCUUACGCAGCCACCGGCGCCGGGCCAAGGCCCUGCUGGACUUUGAGCGGCAUGAUGAUGAUGAGCUGGGCUUCCGCAAGAAUGACAUCAUCACGAUCAUUUCUCAGAAGGAUGAGCACUGCUGGGUGGGGGAACUGAAUGGCCUGAGAGGCUGGUUUCCAGCCAAGUUUGUGGAAGUCCUGGAUGAACGGAGUAAAGAGUAUUCCAUCGCGGGGGACGACGCUGUGACAGAGGGGGUCACGGAUCUUGUUCGAGGGACCCUUUGCCCGGCCCUCAAGGCCCUGUUUGAGCAUGGAUUGAAGAAGCCGUCCCUGCUUGGGGGCGCCUGCCACCCCUGGCUGUUUAUUGAGGAGGCUGCUAGCAGGGAAGUUGAGAGAGACUUCGACUCGGUGUAUUCGCGACUGGUGCUGUGUAAGACAUAUAGGUUGGAUGAAGAUGGCAAAGUCCUGACCCCAGAGGAGCUGCUCUACCGGGCUGUGCAGUCUGUGAAUGUGACCCACGACGCUGUGCACGCACAAAUGGACGUCAAACUCCGCUCCCUCAUCUGCGUGGGGCUAAACGAGCAGGUCCUGCACCUGUGGCUGGAGGUGCUCUGCUCCAGCCUGCCGACAGUGGAGAAGUGGUACCAGCCCUGGUCCUUCCUGCGUAGCCCUGGCUGGGUCCAGAUCAAGUGCGAGCUCCGUGUUCUCUGCUGCUUCGCCUUCAGCCUCUCCCAGGACUGGGAACUACCUGCAAAGAGAGAGGAGGAGAAGAAGCCCCUAAAGGAGGGUGUUCAGGACAUGCUGGUGAAGCACCAUCUUUUCAGCUGGGACAUAGAUGGGUGACGCUCUCCCGCCAGUGGCCUCGUCACACCUAGGCCUCCCCCGACCCAUCGGCCAUCAGCAGGGCCCUGGGCAGUCUGGGCCUGCUUUGGGAUGGGGUCUGAGGCAGCUCACGCCCAAUGCAAGCUACAGGGUCAGGGGAGGAAACCCAGUGGAGCUCUGGGUGAGCCCCACAGUGCGGUGAGCAUCCCGAAGUGCCGUCGGAGGGUGGGGGGGGUCCUCGCUCGUGCUCGGCCAGGGAUUUUACAGGAGUCCCUGCCCAACUUCACUGUUGAUACUGACCGAAAGCCUUGUGAGGAGGUGGAGGGCCCCUUUGUCCUGUCAAUUUUUGCUCAGGAAGGGAAUGGCAGUGGCGAAAGGUUUGUAAAUAAAUUGUCUUUUAAGAAAACAC